GACGUCGUUCCACUUUUAUUAAGUCUAAGAUUGUAUGUAUGUAAGUACUGCCGAUUUACGCUGUUCGCGUCGAACCACUUCGACGCUCGCCCGCUGACCCGCCUUCACGUCGAACCAACGUCCUCUAACGUCAUCUUACCGUCCAUCUCUCUCUUUUUUUUACGAAUUCACGAACAUCCUUUGUGGCUGACAUGCUCAUUGCCACUGCGCUGCAUUGAUAUCACUGUUUGUUUCAUGCAGCAGCAGCAAAGUCGCCCAUCAUACAUCAAAUAUCCCUCCAGUGCCUCGGUCCAUCUGAGGUACCCCACAUGGAUGCCUUGUAGUUUCGUUUCACCCUCUACGCCUCUCAGACGCCGCCUCGAUCUAUUCCUGCGAUUUUCUCCACCCCGAGGCUGUCCUUACUUGAGGAACCUUAACAAUACUUUCGUUCCCAUGAUCUUCAUCAUAUUUGAUAAUUACGCAGACGAACUUGGAGUCCAAACUCUGCUCGCAGGCAUCCUCGCCUUGCUACUCGGUCUUCUUGGAUUCGUUAUGAGUAUAUUUGCUCUCGGAGUGGUUUGGAUUGUCCCUGCGAUGAGGACACAGGCACCUCCAUACCGAGAACCGAUCCCUCGCCAACUCCCUCGCAGUCCAAAGAAGCUCUAUGGUCUUGUAUUGACUUCUUCUCCAGAACCUAUGCUUCAGACACUACCGCUGAUACUUCCCGGGUCCAAGACUCCUUCCCUUCGGCGAGCAGCGUCGUUUCCUGACCUGCAUAAAACACCUUGUUCCGAGGGUCAACCCCUCGUGACCUCGAGGCAUGUUUCUUUCAAUAUCGGAGCGCCAGAAUCCUACAAUCCAAGUUUGGCGAGGUCUGUCAGCAUGAACCCGUCCCCGAUGACACCGACAAUUCAGCGUCGCUGGCCACCUGCAAUGUCUCCAUUCUCCAGGCGUCGAUCAACACAAGGGGAAUCAGUUCCAUCCUCAUCCACCGUACGAGACGAAAGUAAUACCACCGCGUGCAAUUACAGGUCGUCGCCCACAUCAAAGAGUACCCGUGUACAUGACCUUCCACUCAAGUGUUUCGAUGAGCGUUGUGAAUGCCGUCACGGUCGUCGAAAUAGCUUGGGCUGUGAUGAACAUGGCACGAUGAACCUACCUCAAGUAGAUUCUUUUUCCGAAGGAACAGCUUCUACACGCUCGUCGAGGACCAUAUCUUUACGACUACCAUCUGUUCGGAGAGCCCUGAGCGGAAAACGCCGUCCAGCAAGCGUUCCACCGUGUGCACCUGUUGUGAUGAACGCUAGCGCGAAGGAGCAGUCUCAACAGCAAAACCCUACAGCCGGGUGUCCCGUGAGAACGUUGCCAUCGCCUCCUCCCUUCCCGCCUUCCGGUGAAAUGUAUCGUGCAGAAUACGUGAAUCCUUUCCGAACGAGGAAAUCAAAGAUUGCCCCCACCUACGCUUGCAGAACUUGAGACUUCGAAAUUCAGUCGCAGGUCGAGGUUUUCAUUAUCUGGUCCAUGGUCAAGUCCCAAACCUGCGGGUCUGUCGCCUGAUUUAGCACCUUCCGCGACAUCGUCCACUUCC